GGCUUCGCCCCGCCCGCUUGGCGCGCGCCCCCGCCAGGUCAGCUCUGCUCCCCAACCCCGGCGCGGACGGGGUGGGUCCGGCUCACUCCCCUCCCCCGAGCGGCGGCGGCGACGGGCGCUGAAUGAGAAACGCCGACCGUUCAGGUCGUUGAGCGCUACCCUAGGCGGCGGUGGUGGCGAAGCGUGAGGCCGGCGUCGUCUUUCCAUCCUCCAGGGCGACGGCCGCGGCUGCACAGGAAUAAUGUAUUUGUGCCUUGGACAUGAAGCCAUCAGUCCUCUGUUAACAUAGGGUCAGGGACCGAUGAGGAAAGCAUGGACCUAAUGAACGGGCAGGCCAGCAGUGUUAAUAUUGCAGCUACUGCUUCUGAGAAAAGUAGCAGUUCUGAAUCAUUAAGUGACAAAGGUUCUGAAUUGAAGAAAAGCUUUGAUGCUGUGGUAUUUGAUGUUCUUAAGGUUACACCAGAAGAAUAUGCGGGUCAGAUAACACUAAUGGAUGUUCCAGUAUUUAAAGCUAUUCAACCAGAUGAGCUUUCAAGUUGUGGAUGGAAUAAAAAAGAAAAGUAUAGUUCUGCACCAAAUGCAGUUGCCUUCACAAGAAGAUUUAAUCAUGUAAGCUUUUGGGUUGUUAGAGAGAUUCUUCAUGCUCAAACAUUAAAAAUUAGAGCAGAAGUUUUGAGCCACUAUAUUAAAACUGCUAAGAAACUAUAUGAGCUGAAUAACCUUCAUGCACUUAUGGCAGUGGUUUCUGGCUUACAGAGUGCCCCAAUUUUCAGGUUGACUAAAACAUGGGCGUUACUAAGUCGAAAAGACAAAACUACCUUUGAAAAAUUAGAAUAUGUAAUGAGUAAAGAAGAUAACUACAAAAGACUCAGAGACUAUAUAAGUAGUUUAAAGAUGACACCUUGCAUUCCCUAUUUAGGUAUCUAUUUGUCAGAUUUAACAUACAUUGAUUCAGCAUACCCAUCAACCGGCAGCAUUCUAGAAAAUGAACAAAGAUCAAAUUUAAUGAAUAACAUCCUUCGAAUAAUUUCUGAUUUACAGCAAUCCUGUGAAUACGAAAUUCCCAUGUUGCCUCAUGUCCAAAAAUAUCUGAACUCUGUUCAGUAUAUAGAAGAACUACAAAAGUUUGUGGAAGACGAUAAUUACAAGCUUUCAUUAAAGAUAGAACCAGGGACAAGCACGCCUCGCUCUGCUGCUUCCGGGGAAGAUUUAGCAGGUCCUGAAGUAGGAGCAUCACCACAAAGUGGAAGAAGGAGUGUGGCAGCUGAAGGAGCCUUGCUGCCCCAGACGCCUCCAUCCCCUCGGAACCUGAUUCCACAUGGACAUAGGAAGUGCCAUAGCUUGGGUUAUAAUUUCAUUCAUAAAAUGAACACAGCAGAGUUUAAGAGUGCAACAUUCCCAAACGCAGGGCCAAGACAUCUGUUAGAUGACAGCGUCAUGGAGCCCCACGCACCAUCUCGAGGCCAAGCGGAAAGUUCUACUCUUUCUAGUGGAAUAUCAAUAGGUAGCAGUGAUGGUUCUGAACUAAGUGAAGAGACCUCAUGGCCUGCUUUUGAAAGGAACAGAUUAUACCAUUCUCUCGGCCCGGUGACAAGAGUGGCACGAAAUGGCUAUCGAAGCCACAUGAAGGCCAGCAGUUCUGCAGAAUCAGAAGAUUUGGCAGUACAUUUAUAUCCAGGAGCUGUUACUAUUCAAGGUGUUCUCAGGAGAAAAACUUUGUUAAAAGAAGGCAAAAAACCUACAGUAGCCUCUUGGACAAAAUACUGGGUAGCUUUGUGUGGGACACAGCUUUUUUACUAUGCUGCGAAAUCUCUAAAAGCUACAGAAAGAAAACAUUUCAAAUCAACAUCAAAUAAGAACGUAUCUGUGGUGGGAUGGAUGGUGAUGAUGGCUGAUGACCCAGAACAUCCAGAUCUCUUCCUCCUGACUGACUCUGAGAAAGGAAAUUCAUACAAGUUUCAAGCUGGGAAUAGAAUGAAUGCGAUGCAGUGGUUUAAGCAUUUGAGUGCAGCCUGCCAAAGUAACAAACAACAGGUUCCUACAAACUUGAUGACUUUUGAGUAAAAGCCUGAGGAAAAAGAAAGGUGGACUCCUAUGUGAGCGCAGGGACCUGGUAACAGAGCGCCAGCUUUGAACCAUCCUAUGCCAGGAGGAGCCCAGGGGCUCCGCCUCAGCCUCAGAGUUCUGAACCAAAAAAGCACUAAUUUCAGGGAAUGAAGUGAGGUAUUCCCAGAGAACAAAUUGGAGUUGCAAAACAAACUGCCAUGAACCGCGCUUCUUAUCUCUGAACUGACCUGUAGAAGCCACUGCCUUAAAAGAGUGAAAGGAAAACCAACAUGAAACACCAAAUAGUGUGUGUGAAUCUUCUGGCGGUGCUGUGCUUGGAAUAGAUUAUAGCUACUUGGCAUUUCUUUUAACUUUGUACUAAUUUUGGAGGGGGGAAUCGCCUUUUUUUAGAUAUGCUUGAAAAGGGAAAAACAUAUUUCUUAUGGAUUACAUCAGGAGCUGGUUUUGAACCAAGGUGAGAGAUACUUAGCAGGGAUCGUACAGCAGCUCACCUCUGAGGUUUGUUCAGCCUCCAGCAGUCUGCAGCCUCCCUUGCUUUCUCACAGCAAGAGUGUAGGAAUUAGGAAUGUUAAUAAUGUGAGUUGUUGGAGUUUGUUUGGGAUUGGGUGGGGGGUGUUUAUUUUGGUUGAGGGGAGACUUUUUUUAAACACUAAACUUCUAAAAUUUAGUACUGUAUGGGGAACAUUAUUUCCUACAAAGGCUGAGUGUUCAUUUGCCAGACACUUGUAAAAGUAUGCUCCAGAAAACAUGGUUGUUUCUAACUGGGGUUAAAGUUUAGCUUUCUGUAUAAAUUCAUUGUUUGACCACAGCUCUGCUUAGUAGAGAACUAAAAUCCCAACCUAAACUUUUCUGAGAAGAUUGUACAAUAAUUAGAUCUUUUUCCAAGUUAAUUGGAUUAUCCCUUCUGCUCAUCACAGGUGUUUUUUAUCAAGGUGAUGUAUUGCUAUUUCACCAGAAUAUUUUCUUUCACAGUGUUUAAUGUGCAUAAUGCCAGGGUUAUUUUUUAUUAUUUGUUUUCUAAGACCUACCAAAAAAAUUUAAGAGGGAUAAAGAUGAAAGUUUGACGUUCUGGGAAUUUAGGUAUCAAAACUUCAUUCCUUUUACAUCUUACCAUAAACAUACCAAAACAUUUUUCUGAAAACUUACUAUAGGUUUCUGACAUGAAACCAUAUUUUGUCAGUAGUUGACCAAGCAGUUUUGUGAAAGCUCUUCUCUGUAAUAAUCCAUUUAAUUUCUAAACUAAAUGUUGAAUUAAAAAAAAUUGAAGGUAAGAUGCCUUAGAAUUUUAAAAAAUGACACUUGACAAAGGCUGUGUGUUAGAUGUUAUAAACUCCUGAGGCAUCGUAAAUUUUAGCAGUGGCCCAAAGUAAUGCUUUGUGACUAAUAUCUGCUAAUAGAUUUAUAUUACUUUGGGCCUCAUAUAAAAUUUGUCACAUUUAUAUACUUAGAGAAUUUUAUACUUUUUUUUAAUCUUAAGUAUUUCACCCUUGAGUCCAAGAAACUUAAAUAGAAAAUAUCGCUUAUAUAAUAACUAAGCAAAAAUCUAUCCAAAGGUAAGUAGAAGAGCUUUUUUGAAUUUUAAGUUUUUAAAUUUAGUUUUCUGUUUGGAAAAGAUGUUAAGAGUUCAAAUAUGCUUCUCAUAUAACGGUUAGAAAUACCAUUAUUUCUGGGUUUUAGCGACAUAGGCUGAAGAGGGCAGAAGUUGCCUGUGCUGAAUGAUUUUUCAAUUAAUGAUCUCAUAAGCUUAACCCAUGUUGGGUACAUAGAAAGACACCACCCGCAUAGCCAGCAGUAUUACUAAGUAGACCUUGCACAUCUUAUUUUUGUUUUGCAUAUUUUAAAAAUUUCUUAACUGGUUUAUUUCUCUUUAGAAAUAGCAUUUUUACAACGUAUGUGCUUUUUUAAAGAUAUUGUGAAUGAGAACCCUGUGGAUUUUUUCUUUAUUUUGUUUGUCAUAAAUAAGCUAAAGUAGAUAUGUUGUGGGUUAACUGUAUCUGUGGAGAUAUGCAACUGGAAGUCAGAGCCUGACAUCACACAGUUUUGCCAAAGAGAGAGUGCUAAGCUGGAAGAUGUGUUUGAUAUUUGCAGCUGUAAACAUUAAAGGAUGCUUGCACAGACUAAGAACAGUGUUCACAUUUGGUUAAUAGUUCAUAGAUAGAAUUGUGGCCUCUGACUGACUAAAUCUCUUAAUAGUGCGAGAAGACAUCAUUAUUUUUCUGUCUUUAAAUUUGUCCAUUCAAAAGAUUAGUCAUUGCUUUUUAAAGAUUAUUUUAGCAUUUGAAGCACAUUGAAACCAGUGAGGGAAGUGAAUUAAAAUAGUGUAAGUGAAUUUUUUAUCUAUAAUUCAUCAAAUGAUGUCUGAUAAUAAUUCAAAUAGAGUAUGUCACCAAAAUAUAUUAAAUAUUCAGGUAGUUCAUAACUAGGAAAAUGAAUCUUCUUCUUAAGCCUGUCCUCAGUUACAAGUUAGCGACUCAAGAACUCAAAAUUUUCAUCAGCAUUCUCAUUUGUUUCUCCCCUAGCCAAGAAGAACUCAUUAGAAAUUCACUUAUAAUUAAAUUUAAACUGGUGUAUCAUAAGCCCAACAUUUGGCAUAGUGUGUCACCUAGUGUAGUAGUAUAUAACAUUAGCCAAUACAGUUUGAGGCACAUCUCAUUUAACAAUUUAUUUGAACAUGGAGGCUUAUUUUUCAUAUGGAAGUGUAAUAUACCAGUUUUUAAAAUAUAACUGUAAAAGUAACUACAUAUUGACCUUCCUGAGCACUAGUUUUGGUUUAAUGCCCCCUCUGUUCAGGCUCUGCUUGUUUUUCAGAGUAUUAUUUUUACUGUAACCUCCAAACUCUUAAGAAUUGAAAAAGAGCUGAUCAAACACACCUUCCUAUUUCAUUUUCUUCGCUAUGUAAAUAUCAUUUGCGUGAACAUUACAAAAAGGGAUCCAAACAAUUUGAGUAUUUUUUUUCUCCCCAGGCGUGUGCUUCAAUGACAGACAGUUUUCCUGUGAGGAAAAUGCCACAUAACUGUUGCACUAUCUUCCGUAUGGACUGUGUUGGUGUUGGGUGUUUGUGUAUACCAACUGAGUCGGGGUGUUUAUAGCUGCAGAAGUUUUUACAAGUGGCUUUAUUUCUGUUCUAGAAGAUUUAUAAAGGAGCCAAAGAAGCACUAUUGUUAUGAAGGGAGAAAAGACUGUUUACAGAUUCUGAUAUAUCUAUGUUAGUUAAAACUGGGGCCCUCUAAGGGAAGCCAGUUGAUCUCUUGGAAUUAUUGGAAUUUACCAGGCCAAAUGACUUAAGCAUAAGUCUUUUUUUGUCUUUAUAAGGUUAAAUCUGUAAGCUAUACAUCUUUACCAUUGAUAACAAAACUAUAGGACAUCAUACUAAUUGGAAAUCGAUAGUAAUAGAUUUAGUCCAUUGGCUUUUUAAAAAAAUAUAUUCACUAUUGAUUUCCUGCCUGUUUUUUGAGGUACAUUCCUUUCCAGUUUUUAAACCACUGCAUUAUCAUCUGCAAACAAGGAGUACCAGUGUUGCUUAACAGAAGAUCAUCUUUAAUAAAAUAAAUCCUCUGCUUCAAAGGCUUUUGAAAUAAUGGGAUCCCUUUUUGAAAAUGAAGAUGAGUUUGUGUCCUGCUGGGACAGUAGUGCUGCUACUGCACGAGUAGAUGAUGCACAGCAAGUGAUGAGGUUUGUCUGACUUCUUUAGUGACUGUUGAGGGUUUGCUUUUAUUUUCUCUUUCUCUUUUGUAUUAUUUUUUCAAACACAGUAAAUUUAUGAUUUUACAGCCAGAGUGGUAUUGUGUUUUUUCUAAGCUUUGAGAUACAAAUAUUACUAUUUAAUCCCAUUCAUGAUGAAUUACUUUCCAUGUGAACCUUUUCAAAAUGAUUUAAGUACAUUUUGGUUUUCUUCCCCUAAAAAUGGCUUGUGUCUAAAGUGACUUUUUUUCUAUUUAGAGGGUUCAAAUGAAAGAGAUUUGUGCAUACAAACUCUUAAGCUUAUUGAAAGCAAUUUCAUGACAUCUGUAUCUCAAGUUACAGUGUCAGGAAAAUUUGGUCAGUGCCUUAUCAAUUUGAAGAACAAUUUUAGGGCAUCACAUAUGACAAUAAUCAUGUGCUCCUCUUGCUCCUCUAGUUUCAGGAGUGUGUGCUAUCCCUCUCUCCACCAGCUUCGUCUUUCUCACAACACAUCUAAGAAAGUCCUUACAGAAACCUGUAGGUAAUUGUUGCCUUCUUCCUUGGUUUUUGAGCCUUUUUAAACAAGCUCCCUUCCUGUUUCUCUGUUUUCAGGGUAGGAGAUUAAAAAUAAACCUACCCAAAUCAACCUUUAGAUAAGUACUCUUAAAAGCAACUUUGAAGAGCCACGUUUGUUUUUAUUUUGUUGUUGAUGCUGUUGUUUUGAGCAUAGAUUUAAUCAUACAGCCUUUUGAAAAAUCCCUAAAAGAAUAAAAUACAGCCAGAAAAAUUUGUUUGGGUUUUAUUAAAGCUACUGAAAUCUUGUCAUGAGAGUCCCUGUGGCCAGAAAUGAGAUUUGUUUCUGUUCAUGAUUAUAUAAUAUUUAAAUAGCACUCAGAACAAACAAGCAGUCACUUAACCUACCAGUUGUUGUUUAUUUGAAAAUAUCAUGCAAGAAAGUAAAAACAACUCUAAUAUACAAAGUAAAGGAAAGUUAAGAGACUAAACUAGCUUUCUCAGUGGAGAUACUUUGUUUCUCUGAGAUCAUUGGGAGCUACUAGUGUUCACCUGAGUCAAGAUGCUAUUUUCACAUUUUUUUAAAGGGCUAAUAUGUUCCAGAGUAGGCAAGUAGACAGUCUUUAAAGCCAAAUGAAAGGGUUAACUGUUCCUUAAGGGUUAAUAACAUUUGGUUAAUUUGCAUUUGAUUCUAGCCAUUUGGACUAUAAACAGAUGGUGGGAUUAAAAGUAUACAUAGAGUGUUUUGGGAUUGAACUCUUUUUUUCUUAAUAGAAAAAUAGAAAACUUCAUAAAUAUUAUCUGUGCUUUAGAUACCUGGUAAUAAAUACUGAGUUUCCCCUGAAGAUACCACCUACUAGAACUAUUGACAAAUAUAGUUCAAUAAUUACUGACUUAGUAGAUUUGACAAAAUAUCUGAUAAAAAGCAGACUCUCAAGAGUUUCUACACCUUGAUUAUUGACAAAUUCAUUGUUUUACAACCUACUGAAGUACAUGUUUUCAGGUGGGGGUAGGGGAAACUAGUUCACAACAUAAUCUAAAGGCGAUCAAACAUCUGUAGGAAUAAGUACCCAAUGAUUAUACACAGGAAAACACAAGCCAUUUUUAUCCUUCUUUAUCCCAGUUAACUUGAGGUACUCUAAUGAUGAAGCUCUCGUUUGCACUGUGACCUCCUUGAGUGAUGUGCAGCUUGGUUCCUCUCACUUUUUGUUUCUUUUAAUAUGCAGAUGUGAGUGUGGGAUCUUCAGUGUGUUUGCAUAAGCUAACUUAAAAUGAAUUUAAGUACAGUUUUCUGAAAUAUUUCUGUUGAAAUAAAUUACUUAAAAUUA